GGCGGCGGCGGCGGCGGGGCUGGGACCGGCCCGGGGCUGCUGCGGCGUCUUCCCGUCGCGUCCCCGCAGCGCGCGGGGCUUCACCCGGUGGCGCUGCGGCUUCGGAGGGCCGCCAAGCACAGGUUUCCUAAAAGACAGAAAAAUGGAGGAAUCCGUAAACCAAAUGCAACCGCUGAAUGAGAAGCAGAUAACCAAUUCUGAAGAUGGAUAUGUAUGGCAAGUCACUGAUAUGAAUCGACUACACCGGUUCUUAUGUUUUGGUUCUGAAGGUGGAACUUAUUAUAUCAAAGAACAGAAGUUGGGCCUUGAAAAUGCUGAAGCUUUAAUUAGACUGAUUGAAGAUGGAAGAGGAUGUGAAGUGAUCCAGGAAAUAAAGUCAUUUAGUCAGGAAGGCAGAACCGCAAAGCAAGAGCCUAUGCUCUUUGCACUUGCCAUUUGCUCUCAGUGUUCUGACAUAAGCACAAAACAAGCAGCAUUUAAAGCUGUUUCUGAAGUUUGUCGCAUUCCUACACAUCUCUUUACUUUUAUCCAGUUUAAGAAAGAUCUGAAGGAAAGCAUGAAAUGUGGCAUGUGGGGCCGUGCCCUCCGGAAGGCUAUAGCAGACUGGUACAAUGAAAAGGGGGGCAUGGCCCUUGCUCUGGCAGUUACAAAGUAUAAACAAAGAAAUGGCUGGUCUCACAAAGAUCUAUUAAGAUUGUCACAUCUUAAACCUUCCAGUGAAGGACUUGCUAUUGUGACCAAAUAUAUUACAAAGGGCUGGAAAGAAGUCCACGAAUUGUAUAAAGAAAAAGCACUUUCUGUGGAGACUGAAAAAUUAUUAAAGUAUCUGGAGGCCGUAGAGAAAGUGAAACGCACAAAGGAUGAACUGGAAGUCAUUCAUCUAAUAGAAGAACAUAGAUUAGUUAGGGAACAUCUUCUAACAAAUCAUUUAAAGUCUAAAGAGGUAUGGAAGGCUUUGUUACAAGAAAUGCCUCUUACUGCAUUACUAAGGAACCUAGGAAAAAUGACUGCUAAUUCAGUUCUUGAACCAGGAAAUUCAGAAGUAUCUUUAGUAUGUGAAAAACUAUGUAAUGAAAAACUGUUAAAAAAGGCUCGUAUACAUCCAUUUCAUGUUUUAAUUGCAUCAGAAACUUAUAAAACAGGUCAUGGGCUUAGAGGAAAACUGAAGUGGCGUCCUGAUGAGGAAAUUUUGAAAGCUUUGGAUGCUGCUUUUUACAAAACAUUUAAGACAGUGGAGCCAACUGGAAAACGUUUUUUGCUGGCUAUUGAUGUCAGUGCUUCUAUGAACCAAAGAGUUUUGGGUAGUGUACUCAAUGCUAGCACAGUUGCUGCAGCAAUGUGCAUGGUUGUUACACGAACAGAAAAAGAUUCUUAUGUAGUUGCUUUUUCAGAUGAAAUGGUACCAUGUCCAGUAACUACAGAUAUGACAUUACAACAAGUUUUAAUGGCUAUGAGUCAGAUCCCAGCAGGUGGAACUGAUUGCUCUCUUCCAAUGAUCUGGGCUCAGAAGACAAACACAGCUGCUGAUGUCUUCAUUGUCUUCACUGAUAAUGAGACCUUUGCUGGAAGUAUCCAUCCUGCUGUUGCUCUGAAGGAGUAUCGAAAGAAAAUGGACAUUCCAGCUAAAUUGAUUGUUUGUGGAAUGACAUCGAAUGGUUUUACCAUUGCAGACCCAGAUGAUAGAGGCAUGUUGGAUAUGUGUGGCUUUGAUACUGGAGCUCUGGAUGUAAUUCGAAAUUUCACAUUAGAUGUGAUUUAACCUAAGCACCAGCAUGAACUAAGGAGGUCCAUUGUCAUCCGUGAUCUCGCUAAAAAUAUGUAGCUACUUCCCAGCUAAUCUUAAUCCAAUGAAAGAUGAUGAUAGUAUAGUAUAUGCAUAAUGGAAAAUUUACUUUACAAAAAAAAAGGAAGGAAAAGUAAGAUGAGCCCAAAGUUCUUUCUGUCUACUAAACUAGCUCUCGGGAAAUAGCUUCAGAAUACACUGUAGCUUCCUCUAUCUAACAGAGAACUUCUUGUUGAUAGAUACUGUAAAAUAGUCAAACAGUUUUGCUGUGGUGAAUAAUCACAUUUGUACUUAAAAGAAGUGAGAGCCAAAAGUGUAAGUAGUUCCAUAUCAUGUCACUUGUUUGAAAAGUGCUUAAAGUUUUCAUAAAUGUUUGCAUUGGGAAAGGACAGCUUUGAUAAUGUCCAAAUAUUCUAAAAUGCACUGGACCAUGUAACUGUGAUGGAAUAUGAAAUUCAUCUAUAAAUUUUUAUACCAAGGGGUUAAAAAAAGACAUUUGAUUAAAUUAUGAACAGGUUUUACAAAUUCUUGGAGUUUUCUAAGAUAUAAAUAGCAGCUUUCUUACUCAGUGAAAAAGAUACUUUGAAUCUGAUAUUUUAUUUACACAUGUAGGGUUGUUACAUUAACCAGAAAAUAGUGGAAAACCCCUGAGAAAAGACACUAAAGUUUGUGUCACCUGAGGAAGCCUAUUUGGUUUGCUUUUUGUUUUGGUGCAUUUUAUUGCUGUGAGUGGGGCCAUAACUUCACAAUUUGUGCUGAAAUAAUAGCCACAUGUAGCCACACUUUUUCUUUUUUCAUAGUCUUACCAAAUGAAACCAACAGACUGUUUCAAGCAUUUAGCUCCCCCACUCCUAAAUCUGUAUGACAAUUAUUAUCUCACCUGUAACCAGAUUAGCUUUUACCUUACUUUAAAUAUUCUAAUUAUCUUUACCUAUUUUUUUAGUCAAUUGUAAGUGGGUUUUAGAUAUUUCCUGAUUGUAAACAUGUUGAUGACGUAUCUCUGUUCAUUAUUCAUUUGUGACAAAACACUCUUUUUUAAUAGUGUACAAAAGAUAAUAAAGCAAGCUAGGUCUUUCAGGUUUGAAAGGCAACUUUUGAAUAACAUUACCACUAACCAAUCUGUAAGAAAUUUUUUUUUCUAUUUUAUUUGUGUAUAUUAAACUUCCUUUUCAUUACACUAAAGUGCAUUAUUUUCUUGAACAACUGUCCCUUCUUUCUGGGGAGGUUUAACCUAUUAAAAAUGCCAGUAUCUUUGCUCAUAAUGAUAUCAUGGUUGUUUAAGAUGACCUAAAACUUCAGUUAUUUAUUCUUUUCAUAAUUAACGAUUUACUGAAGAUUUAUAAAGCCCUUCUCACUGUCAUGUGAAAAGUUAAACUAGUAAAUAUAAAUUAUUAUAGCCUUCUAUGUGCUUAGGAGUUAGAGGUUUUGUUUUGAAGGCAAAGGGGACUUUAGUAGUAUAGAAUUUGUGAAGAUAAUUUGUUUCAUGAGAAAUUUGGGCUCUGGAAGGGAAAAGAAAAUGUCCCUUUCAAACUUAUUUGACAUAUUAAUGCUGGCUCUGCUAUGUAGCCAUUCCUUCAAGGCAACUGGUAGCAAUUUGUAAGUGUUGUGAUUUACCGGAGAUUUUUUUUGUCAGCAAAGUAGCAUGUGCACUCCCCCACCAUCAUCCCCCAUACAUUGCUUCUGAUGUCAUUCUGGUUUUUAACCCUCUGUCAAGCAUUGGAUAUAAGGUGUUCGCUACUUUUGGUGACAUUAAAAUACUAUGUUCAGAUUAAAGGGCCUAGUAGAGUUAUAUAAUAGUUUUGAAGUUUCUAAGUAAACCCAAGGUCUCCUUAAAUUAAAAAUUAUAACAUGAUCUAACUUUUUAUUCCUAAUAGAAAUGUUAACUGGAAUGUAGCAUAAAAGCUUAUUUCCUUCACUUAUGUAAACUGGAUGUUCAUAAGCUAAUCAGUCCAUCAGAAAGAGUAAGAUUAGAUGUGACCUUUUUGAAGUAUUUAGAUACGUCUAAUUAAAUGGAUUAGAGUAAAAUUUAAGGAACAAAAAAAUCUGAAAUUUAAAAGGUGAUUUUUAAAUGUAGGUUAAGGAUCCAAGGUCUAAAAAAGUAUGGCUUUGGAGUACUAGAUAUAGCAAUCUUGGGCUCUUCAUUCCCAUUCCAGAAUUAAUCUCCCCACAAAAUGGGAAGACAAUGAUUCACAGAGUAGGAAACAAAAUAAAAUUACUCAAGACUCUUUAUCUUUUUAGGCAUUAAGAAAUAAUGUAUAUACAUGAUUGCUUUAGGAGUAGAAAAACAAAUUGUGAACACGUAUACUUUUGUAGUUCAUAAUAAUCCUCAAUUACAAUUAAUAUCUUAAUAACCUCUGUUGCUACAUAUAACGUAGCCCUAUAGAAAAAAUUUUAAAACUUUACCUCAUUAUGAAUAAAACUGUAUUCAAGUGAUGAAGAAGUUUUAUUUUCUGAAUUACUUUUAGAAUUAUUGCUACAUUAAUAUUUAGGGAAAUGUUGCUUUAAAAACAGCUCUAAGAAAAAUAAACUUUAUUUCCUAGAAAAUAUGUAAAUAUUUUCAGGAUAUGGUAAUAAUUAGUGAAACAAAAACUAAUCUUAUAAUGAUACCCUUACUUAUUAGUUGAAAUUUCUUGAAAAUUGCAUUUAUUAAGUUACAUAUUAUUUAGUAACUAUCUUAUGGGAACAUUAGUGAGGAAGAUGCUGGUGAAUGGGAUUUAGUGUUACCCCUCUGGAACCUCUUGCUUCAUCUAACUUACUGUGUAACUAUAGACAACCAGUUUAACCUAUCAAUUUUGUUAUCUUUGAAAUGUGACCUAUCUUGAUGCUUGGAUCUUAGAAGAAUCAAUGAUUUAAUAUCUGUAUAACAAAGUUUAAAUUAGGAGGGGGGGCUUACAAUACAAAUUGGAACUUUAAAAACAUUCUUAUUAGGAGAUACAUGUUUUGAAUGAUAAAAUGGUUUAGAAAAACCAUUCAAUACGCUCAAUAAUUCAUUAAAACAUUCCUGUUAUAAGUGGGGAAAAUGUAGAAGAAAAAUGUUUACAGUGAAGGUAUUGACUAAGAAGUCACUAUUCUGAUCAAGAGAAAGGAACAUAUUCCAAGUCUCAGAUCUACUUGGGUAAACCUAGAAAAUAAAUGUAUAUUCUAAACAAACACUAUUAAUAAGCAUUUGAUUAUUCUUUUAAAAUAACAGGUAAACCUAUAAAUGAAAGAAUAUCAUUUUAUCAAGGUUUUUCCUCAUUUCCUAAGAUUUUGGAAAAAUAAUAUAAAAUUAAAUUAUCUUGGAACUUUAAGAAAAAAUUCCCGAAUUGGAGGAUCUAAUAAUUAAAUGAAAAACUUUUUUUUUUUUUUUUUUUAAUGAAAAACAUUUUAAAAGCACAUCUAAACAAUAACUGAAAGGAAAUCACUUUGAUCACUUACUGGACUUACCCUAAUUUAACCUAAAGAAUUUCAUACCCACAAAUAAAAAUUUAUUGAAAAGUAGUGUCCUUCGCGUAAGUUAUUGAAAAUGAAAAAUUCUAGUACAUACUACAAGUUUGAGGUGAUUUAUUAAGGCAGUAUGUCCUCUAGAGAAAUGUUCUACAUGUGUAAGGAAGAAUUAGAAAAAAAGAUAAGCUAGGAGUUUAGUUACAUUUACUGUACAGAUUUUAUUUAGCAUUUCAGUAUUAUUUGCUUCCUAAUCUUAUUUGUUGGAAGAUUACUUUUAUACCUGUUUUUUUUUUCUUUCAAAAUUACUUUAUUCUGACAUUUUUGUCUUCUGUUCCUUGUCCUGCUCUUAACCUUAGUAAUAAAAUGAAUGACAGGAAGAUCACCCAUAUUUAGUUUUGGGAUGAAUCUUUUUGCAGAUUUCCAUUUGUUCUAUACAGAUUUAAGAUCAUAUUUGUUCAAAUUAAUAAGGGGCAGGUCUCUUGGAACAAUAAUUGGAUUAAUAUAUUUAUUUCCCCACAUCAAAUUAUAUUGUAUGUCUGUGCUAGAUGCUGCAAAAAUUCUGUGGACUUUAAGCCUUUGUUUGCAAUUCUACAUCUACUUUGCUCUUAGAAAAAGCUCUCAGAAAAAAAUAAUUAACUGACUACUCAGAAGAUAGCACAUCUCAUACUCCUAUUUCCAUAUAAGGACUGCUUUCAAGUCUUGCAUCUACUAAGUACUUCACUGAGCUUAUAUAUACAUUGUUUGUGGCCUAAAAGAUCUUGUAAGUAACUUGUAUUCACAUUUAACAUUUUUUAAUUGGUUUUAUAUUUGCUUUUGAAAAUUAUGAACUUAAAAAUUCUAUGGCAAUAUUUUUUCAUGUAGAAGUCUAAUAAUAUAGUUAAGCAUAGUAUUUGAAUAAAAUCAUAAUAAAUGACACAUUUUCCCUAAACUCUGAAAGUAUCAAAUUAUAUUGGAAAUUGGUAGAAACAUAAACUAGAGGAGUUGCAUUGCAAAAUUCUAUUACUGAAAUUAAAGUGAUUAUUUUCAAUGAUUUUGAAUUUUGUAAAUACAAUGAAAAUACGCAAAAGCUGUUUCUGAGCCUAAACAGAUUUUCCCUUUGCUUCUAUUUAAUUUGGCACCACCGUGUGUCCUAUUAAUUCAAUGAACAUAAGUGAUACUGAAUUUUAAAAUAUAUCUUGAUUUCUGUACUUUUGGAAGUUAUCAGAAAACUGAACAAAAGAAAUACGAAGUUAGCUACAUUUCUGCAGGUUUCACUUAAUGAACACUUAGAUUGUUGAGGUUAGUAAAUGAGGUAAAACCUUGCUGUUUUAUUUAUCAUGACCAUAUAUAAUUGAUAGAAUAUUGAAACUUAUGUUUAAAUAUUAGGCUUUAUUUGCAAUGUAAACUUUAGAAUCCAUACACAGCCAAAUUGAGUUUAAAAUAUUACACAACUAAUGGAUAGUAAUGAAGAAAAAAUUUUUCGUUGCACUAUUAUUUUAAAUAUGAAUGAUACAUAUAAUGUGGUUUGGUAUUAGUAGAACUUUUUGUAAUGCUAUAUUUUCUCCCUUUAUUGCCAGCUUCUGAUAAUGAAGAAAUUCUCCAAAGGGAUGAGAUAUAUGAAAUAAUCUUUUUAAAAAAAAUAGGUUGAAGGAGUUCUAAACUAUCCAUUUGUUUUAUAUAAAGGCUUUUGAUUUCCGUAAUUGACACUUACUGAAUAUUUAAAUUACACAGACUAAUGCCUGCAUAGAAUAAAAUUUAAGUAUGCAAGAGCCUUAAAGUGAAAAAAAUGAAUCUUCUGACUGCCUUAAAAUCUGACUAGCUCUCCAACAGGCAUACUAGUUACUUUCCAUAGAGUCUGUUCAUUAAGUAAUGCCUUAAUAGUAUUAGUGUUUCUGAAGUACAGAAUUCAAAGGGUCUUUUAGAGCUUUCAUUUUUUACAUAAUGAAUGGAAAUUUAACUGUUAAAGUUUUAAAACCUGAUUGUACAUUAGUUUAAGCACCUAUUAACAGGAUAAUCUGAGUACACUGGUAUGUUCUAUAUACAUGACUUAAUAUCAGUAAUAUUUUGUGGUAGGUCAAGGGUUUUUUAAUUGUUUGGUAUAACAAAUUAUCCAAGAAGCUGGACUUUAUGUAACAUAAUCUCCAAGGACCAAGCUGCAUAUUUAAACACUGGAUGAAAAACAAUUGUACAGUUUCAAAAAUGAUUACUUUUUUGAGGGUGUUUUUUUCAAGACAAAAGGCAAAUGCUUUUGUUUCAAGCCUAUAAGCAAAUUCAUUCAAAGAAGUGAAUAUAGUUGUAAAACAUUGCGAAUGUUGCAAUAAAAAGUAUCCAGGUCAGUGAUUUAAUUACGUUCACAUUUUUACAUUCACUUUGCCUUUCGAAGUAGGAAUAUUUUAUAAAACUGAAAGAAAACUUAAAAUUGUCUAGCUGGUGCUUAAGGAUACAAAGUUUGAUUUAUCACAAGUUUCAUUUCAAAGAAAAGGACCCUGCAAAGAGGGGCGGGGUGGUUUCUUAGGUCUGUUGAUAAACUUACUGAUGCUUUGUUGAGUCUUCCAUGUUUUCACUGUAAAUAAUAUAUCUAACAAUGUAAUUUUGCUGUUUUCUGAUUAAAAAAAUCGAUGAAAUACUAAUGAAUUAAAUUUAUUUCAUGAUAAAGUUUUCACCGAUACUGUGAAAUCUUGACUUUCUCUCCUUUUCUAGCCUUCCAAAAUACCAUACGCAAUACAACAUUGUAGACAUGGGGUGCAGAUGCACAUUAUGGGAACUGCUUCUGGUCAACUGUAUUAUUGUAGAAACUGAUAGAUAAACCAAAUAAACUCUAUGCACAUCA